ACCCAUCCUGCUCGCGGUCACCCUCCUUAGUGCCGGGUUUGUCCUGAUGGCUGAAUCCACCUUGUCCGAGUCGCAUUGGCGAUUCUCCAUUGUCCCAGGCUAUUUUUUUCAGAGUGAACCCGCCACCGAUGCCGAUACCUUCGAUUAUCGCUUUGAGUACCAAGUCCGUAGACUAAACCGCGAAGCUGAGCCCGACACGGCCUACAAGGUGCUGUUUCUGGGCCGUCACGGCCAAGGCUAUCACAAUGUAGCCGAAGCCAAGUAUGGCACUGAGCUCUGGGAUUGCUACUGGUCACUCCUCGAUGGCGACGAGAACGGCACCUGGGUCGACGCCCGGCUCACCGAGCUGGGCAUCGCUCAAGCCAAGACAGCCCACGAGGCCUGGAAGACGCAAAUCGCCAACAACAUUCCCACCCCUGAGUCGUACUAUGUGAGCCCGCUUAAUCGAUGCCUCGCCACCGCCAAUAUCACGUUCAGCGGCUUGGGUAUCCCCCAUACGGAACCUUUCCGGCCCCUCAUCAAAGAGCUCCUCCGUGAAACCAUCGGUCAACAUACCUGCGACGGUCGCUCUACGAAGUCUACCAUCGAGGCAGAAUACCCCCUCUACCGUAUCGAGGAGGGGUUUGCCGAGAAGGAUCCCCUGUACGACGCCCGUCUCCGCGAGUCUGACUCGGCCCGCGACAAGCGGUUUCGAGAUCUGUUCCAAGACAUCUUCAGCCACGACGGCAAUACUUUCCUCUCAUUGACGGCGCAUUCCGGCGCCAUCACGAGCAUGCUGCAAAUCACGGGCCAUCGCAAAUUUGCGCUGGAGACGGGCGGCGUUAUACCGAUCUUUGUCAAGGCUCAGAGGGUUGCGGGGAGCUUGCCGCCGAUGGAAGUGGAGCCGUGGUUUCCACCGCCGGUUUGUCAAGGAGAUACUCCUUAGACAGAAGUUACAGUAGAUGUGGAGAGCUAAUAGAGCUAUGAAGUCGAUGUGUGGAUACUGAAGUUCCGAGUUUCUCAGGGAUUGAGAUGCUUGUUCGUUGUAUAUAGAGCUUGG